CAGCAGCAGCAGCAGCAGGAGGAUCGGAGGCUGCAGCCUGAGACUGCCCAUCUGAUUCAAUGAAAAUGGGGAAAUUGAUGGUGGGCUGCUUUCUUCUAUUCUUUGGACAUCUUCUCCAGUCCACUGCUGAUGGCAGAGAAAACCAUUUCCAAUGGCCAUUUUCAAGAAGAAGAAGCCUGGCGAUCCACCCACAGAUGGCUUUACUGGAGAGCUCUUGCGACAACAAGCGCGUGGACCUGAUCUUCCUCAUCGACAGCUCCCGCAGCGUGCGCCCACACGACUUCGAGAAGGUGAAGGAGUUCAUCGUCACCAUCCUGCAGUUCCUGGACGUCGCCCCCGACUUCACGCGCGUGGGCCUCGUCCAGUACGGCAGCACGGUCAAAAACGAGUUCUCCCUCAAGACCUACGGGCGCAAGUCGGAGGUGGAGCGGGCGGUCAAGGCCAUGAAGCGCCUGGGGACCGGCACUAUGACCGGGCUGGCCAUCCAGUACGUGGUGAACAUCGCCUUCUCGGAGGGCGAGGGGGCCCGGCCCCCGAGGGACAACGUGCCCCGGAUCAUCAUGAUCGUGACGGACGGGAGGCCCCAGGAUCCCGUGGCAGAGGUGGCCGCCAAGGCGCGCAACUCGGGCAUUCUCAUCUUCGCCAUAGGAGUCGGGCAGGUGGACUACAGCACCCUGAAAUCCAUCGGGAGCAAACCCCACCAAGACCACGUCUUUCUGGUGGCCAACUUCAGCCAGAUCGAGUCGCUGACCUCCGUGUUCCAGAACAAGUUGUGUGUGCCCCAUAUGUGCAGCAUUUUGGAGCAUAGAUGCGCUCACUUCUGCGUCAACACUCCCGGCUCCUAUCUUUGCAAGUGCAAACAAGGAUACAUCCUGAACUCAGACCAGAUGACUUGCAGAACUCAGGACCUGUGUGAAGAGCAGAGGCACGCCUGCGAGCAGAUCUGUGUGAACGUGCCUGGUUCCUACGUCUGCCAGUGUUUUGAUGGUUACAAGCUCGGCGAAGAUGGAAAGAAAUGUGUUAUUGUAGAUUACUGCUCUUCGGAGAGCCACGGCUGUCAACACGAGUGUGUAAACGCGGAUAAUUCCUACAAAUGUAAAUGCCAUCAAGGGUUCGUCUUGAACCCCGACCGAAGAACAUGCAGCAAAUUAGAUUACUGUGCCACCCAGGAUCAUGGCUGUCAGCAAGAGUGUGUUAAUACGGAUGCCUCUUAUUCCUGUCGCUGCCUGAAAGGGUUCACCCUGAACCCCGAUAAGAAAACCUGCAGAAGAAUCAACUACUGCGCUCGGGGGAGACACGGUUGUGAGCACGAAUGCGUCAACACCGAGGAGUCCUUCUACUGCCGAUGCCGCCCUGGCUACGUCCUGAACCCCAACGGCAAGACGUGCCGAAGGGUGAAUCACUGUGCAGAGAACAACCACGGCUGUGAGCAACUGUGCCUGAACACCGACCACUCGUACCUCUGCCAGUGCUCCGAAGGAUUUGUCAUUAAUGACGACCUCAAAACCUGUUCACGAGUGGACUACUGCCUCUUGAACAAUCACGAUUGUGAACAUUUCUGUAUAAACACUGAUAAAUCUUUUGUUUGCCAGUGCUCUGAGGGCUAUGUGCUUCACAGUGAUGGAAAAACCUGCAAGAAGUUGGAUCCUUGUGCCCUGAGCCACCAUGGUUGUGAACAUUCGUGUGUGAGCCGUGAAGAUUCCUAUGAAUGUAGUUGUUUCGAAGGUUACGUGCUCCGGGAUGAUGGGAAGACUUGCAGAAGGAAAGAUGUCUGCAAAUCGGUCAACCACGGCUGCGAACAUAUUUGCGUUAAUAACGCCGAUUCCUACAUCUGCAAAUGCCCGGAGGAAUUCGUCUUAGCCGAGGACGGGAAGCGGUGCAGAAAAUGCACCGAGGGCCCCGUCGACUUGGUGUUCGUGAUCGACGGAUCCAAGAGCCUCGGAGAAGAGAACUUCGAAGCGGUGAAACGGUUUGUCACCGGGAUCCUGGAUUCCCUAGAGAUUUCCCCCGAGGCGGCCCGCGUGGGCCUGCUCCAGUACUCGACUCACGUCCGGACCGAGUUCACCCUCGGAGAUUUCGGCUCGGCCCGGGAGGUGAAGAAAGCCGUGGCUCACCUGAGGUACAUGGGGAAGGGCUCCAUGACGGGUUUGGCCCUGAAGCAGAUGCUCGAGAGGAGUUUCACCGAAUCGGAAGGGGCCCGACCGCCUUCGGCAGGAGUGCCCAGGGUGGCCAUCGCUUUCACAGACGGACGAGCCCAAGACGACGUCGCGGAGUGGGCCAACAAAGCCAAGCAGAAUGGAAUCACCAUCUAUGCCGUUGGGGUCGGAAAAGCCAUUGAAGAAGAACUGCUGGAGAUAGCGUCCGAGCCUCCGGACAGACACCUCUUCUAUGCCGAGGACUUCAGCACGAUGGGAGAGAUAAGUGAAAAACUCAAGAGAGGAAUCUGCGAAGCUCUGGAAUAUUCACGUCAACACCGAGACUCGUCCGCAGGAACUCUUUACAAGAUGGCUCGACAGUCUUCAGAAUCCGAGCCAGUCACCGUGUCGAUCCGAGAUCUGCUUUCCUGUUCUAAUUUUGCCAUGCAGCACAGGUACCUGUUUGAGGACGACAGCCUUUCGCAGUCGGCGGGGAGGUUGGCCCACGCAAAAUCCGCAGGAAGCCGUUCGGAAGAGAAGCAAGACCAAUGCAAAUGUGAAAACCUCCUGACAUUCCAGAACUACGCGAAUGAAGAAGUAAGAAGAUUAACGCGGCAGCUGGAAGAAAUGACCAAGAGAAUGGAAGUUUUGGAAAAUCGCUUGAGAUACAGAUGAAGAAGUGAAGACUCCAUAUUUAUAUAUAAAAGCUUAAGGAUAUGGGUGAGGAAUUCAGAAUUUUUGCAUCUAACAAGUGGGUUCAACAACACAUGCAGUACUUAAGACGGGAAAGUGAAUUCAGUUUUACGUUCAGUGAUGAAGAGGCACAGUAAGAGACCAACUUGUACAAAGAUAUGCAACAUUGUACCUUCCAGGCACUUAGUACAGUGUUCUGCACACAUUAAGCGCUCAGUAAGAUUGAAUAUGUAUCAACUGCACACAGUUCCACAUAGGAUUCAACAAAAGUGAGAAUAAGCUAGGCAGCAAAAUGCUAUUCUUUUGUAAAAUGUGUUGAUGGACAUUUUAAAAGAUAUUUUGUAUUAUACUGGACAUUUUUUUGUGUAACUAUCGAUGCCUUAAAACGAGUGGUACAGCCUUCUUCUGACUAGAAAAUAAACCACGUUAGUCUUGGUGAUACCGUAGAGCAUUGCCUGUAGGUAGAAAUAGCGUGGUAUUUUGUACUGGACUCUAACUUGAUAAAUAUAUAUGCAUAAACUCACUUUCAAAACUGGUCCUGUAUACUUGUAUAACAGAGUUGGGAAUUUUAUAUUCAAUUAAACUGGGGGGAGAGUCUAUUACUUU